CAAGGGACCCUUUUGUGUGGAUUUGCUUGGUUGCUGUCUCUGAGCUGCUCCUCCCCACCCACCUCCCAUUUAAUACUACUCACCAUCGUUGAGCUUUAGUCUUACCCUCCCUCUCUUUGCCGGCCGGUGUCUGUGCCCGAUCUCAUUUUGGGUGUUUGGUAAGGUGAGCGAGGGGUGCUUCAACCUGCACAACCUACCUCCUGCUUUCCUCCUUUCCCAUUAUGUUGUCUUCGUUGCUGCAGGCUCCUCAUCCUCUCUCUUCCUUGGGGUUUCACGGCUUCCAAAUCAAUUCUUGAUUUGCCAGCUUUGUUUUGGAUUCUUGCACCCUCAGCUUUUGUUGUGAAAAUUUGGUUUCUUGAUAUUGGUGUCGACGGUCAACUUCCUUUCUGUGUGAACUCCGAUCUCGUUUUCUUGAUCCGUGCACUUUCAAUUCGCUACCUUUUGCUUCUUUUUCGUGGGUCGGCCAUGCUGGGAUCUUUGGAGGGAGACAGGUCUAGGUUUUUAUGAUGUGGAUUGGUGAGAGGAGAAGGAAGAUUUGACACACAGAGUAAUUGUGGUUGGGGAUAGGUAGAGAGAGAGAGAGAGAGAGAGAGAGGUUGCUUUCAUGGACUGGGAUUUGAAGAUGCCUCCAUGGUGCUUGGCUGAAUUGGACCGUGACGGUUCCAUCAUAAACGGGACGGCAGGGGGUCCUGCUGUGCACCGCCUGGCGAGUGGCCCAGAGUGCUCUGUCGAUCUGAAGCUUGGGGGACUGAGUGAUUCUGGAUCAUCAUACAAGUGGAAGGACCAAUUGAGGGUGUCCUCGAUGUCGGUACCUUCAUCUGGUCCACUGAAGAAACAACGAGCCAUGAGCAAUGCAAGCCAGAAAGCUUCGUGCUUGGUUGAUGGAUGCAAAGCAGAUCUUAGCAAGUGCAGGGAGUAUCACCGCCGGCACAAGGUUUGUGAGGCUCACUCCAAGACUCCGGUGGUUACGGUUGGUGGGCGAGAGCAAAGGUUCUGCCAGCAAUGCAGCAGGUUUCAUAUGCUUGUAGAAUUUGAUGAGGCGAAGCGAAGCUGUCGGAAGCGUCUUGAAGGCCACAACAGACGCCGAAGAAAACCUCAGCCAAGUUCUCUAAAUUCAGGUAUCAGAUUCUCGGCAUAUCCUCAAGUCCAUACAACUGUCACAACAGAGCCAAAUUGGACUCGAAUUGUCAGAAGAGAAGAAGAUACCACAGUCCCAGUCCUCAUUGAUAGGAAGACAUCGAAUGCCAACUCUUCUCACAGCUACAGCGAAGAAAGAAAGCAGUUCCCUUUCUUGCAAGAGAGCGAGACCAGUCUCAGCAACAUAACACCUCUUAUAACGAGCAGACUGUCCGGGAUCAGCAGCAGCGAGAUGCUCUCCGAUGGUCUAACCCAAGUAUUCCAUUCUGAUCGUGCUCACUCUCUUCUGUCAUCGCCGACGACACAGACAUCGCUCAUUAACCCAUGCCAUAUGAUGCGAUCAGCUGAUGGGAUUGUGAUGGGUCAGCCCCUUGUUUCAAGUAUGCAGUACAGCGAUCUGACACAGUACUCUCGCGUGGCGACCGAAGGUGUAUCACUGACUGGAUAUUCAUGUUCAGGUGUCGGCGGGGAUGAUCGUGCGAGGACCAUCAUGGUUUCAGAGGCUAAUGGUGUUGGCAUUCAUCGUCAGAAAGUGUUCUGUAGACGUGGUGAAGGCUCCACAGCUCUUCCCUUCUCUUGGCAGUAGUUUGAGCCUGCUUUGAUGAGCAAUCGCCGAACACAGCGAGAGUCAUCCUCAAAGUUGGAUUCUUAGCAUUCUUAAGAUCUUCAAUGAUCAAGUUCUCUCUGGCUUUGAUCCCACCUGAACAAUAACAAAUCAUUUGUGGCAUCAUAUUGUCGUGUUGAAGGUUAUGCCAUGGCCUUCUUAUCAUGUCCUAAAGAAUUGGUGGUGGAAGCUCUGAUCUUUGUGGAUGUUGCAAGUGUUACUAUUCUGAAGGCUAUUAUUAUCCACUUGUCUCGUGAAUCC